UCCUCUUUUGGGGAAACAUUGUGCACUCAGUUAGUGUAGAAAAUACUGCAGAGUUCCUAUUAGCAACUUUCUAGUUGCAAUUGCUUUAAGGACAAAUGCCAACUGGAUUAUCAUUCGCUUCGCAGUUUAUUCUUUUUAGUGCCACAGUGAUUGUUUUCUGAAGUUUGUUUGCUAACUUUGUUUUUUUUUUUUCGGUUGUGACCAAAAGUUUUCUCUUUGGCAUUUUUAUUUGUCGGUCUGACAUUAUAAUUUGGUUUGUUUACUGUUGGGAAUCAGAGGAUAGAAUUUAAUUUCGAGAGAGACAUUUUUAUCUCAGUUAUUGAUUUGGUGAGAUGAAAACAACCUGGUUGUUUGCGAUUUUGAUAGGUUAUAAGGUGGGAGUAAACUUAAAAGGAAAAUAGAAACAAAGGCUAUCGUGUGAGCAAUGAGAAUAGCCUUAGAACAUUAUUGUACAGUUCUCCACUCACAAGAUGAUAGAAAAAUAAGCACGCUCCUUUCAGAAUUUGGAAAUAGGAACUGUGGCAAGUGGCUGGAUAUAUCUUUGCUUUAAAGGUCCCUUUGUUGUUCGGGAUUGGAUUGGAUAGGAUAAGAUGAGAGACAGAUAGAGCGAUGUUGGGGGAGAAGUUGGAUUUAUUAGCUUGAAGGCGUUAGAGUCGUGAGAGUGUGCUUUUUCAAAUUUGGUUGGGUGAAACUAUCCCAUUGUAAUCAACCGGCCCCAUCCCUAUCGGUUGCGAUUCCCGACGCCUCCAAAUUGCUUAUCUGUCUCUCUUUUCUAACAUAGUUCUAUCAUCUUAUCAUGUCCAAUCCAAUUCAGGUGUCAACAGGGCCCUUUAAGAAAUUAAGAAUAAUUAUAAAAGGGAAGGAAAAGCAAGGAAAAUAGAGUUUCAGGACUUGUAUGGAGUUCAGAUCAUAAGAUUGACCUUCUUUGGAGUAAUUAUGUUGUCUGUACCGAAGCUUCUUUUGGUGGAAAUUGAGAUAAUCAAUCACCAGGGAAAAUACUGCAGAGCUCCUAUCUACAAUAUUGUAGCUGCAAUUGCAGCUAGGAUAAUGCUAAGUCAAUGUCAUUCACUGCUCAAUUGUUCCUUUUGGUAGUACAAUGAUUGCUUUCUGAAGUUUCAGGAACUUUAAGGUUCCACUAAGGAUGCUUUUAAGAUUGAUAAACUGAGAAAAAGCAAAUAGCCCUUCCUUUAUUCUUUUUGCACUAUUGCUGUUUGUUCAAGUACAUGUUAGUAAUGCUUGUUUGUUUUACCAUUGGGUAUGUCUUAUGUGAUUACUUGAAAAUAGAUUCUUUAUAUGGUCAUGGAAUAACCUUUUAUUCGCUUGUGUCACAAUUUCAUGCCAGACUAUUCUAGAACUGAUUUUGGCUUUUCUACAGAAGUAUCUGUUAGCAGUAACAAAGGGUUUUAGUGCUUAUUUUGUCAAGUAGGGAGCUGAGAAGAGUUAACUCUGAUUUUGAUUGCUAUUAUCGUGGAAGUGGUAUAAGAAGGAACAGAUGUAAACGCAUUCACUAGUACUUGAAUUUGAGAGGCUAGCUGAAAUAAGAUCCUCAGUGAUGUAGUCGAAGCUUAAUUUGAUUUGUAUUUCUAGUACUUUAUUUAUUUACUUACAGUGUGGAGGUUGUCUCUUUACAACCUAAUUAAGGUUGCUUUGUGUCUUACUUGGUUUACUGAACUGUUUAGGUCUUGAUUAUUUCUUCGUCUGGAUUGGUCGAGUCGUAUGUUGGUUUUGGUGAUUAUAGUGGUUCUGAAUCUUUGGUCGGAUUUUCAUAUUAGCUUAUUUCGUGAAUGGAAGCUGAUCGAAUUAGAUUUAUGUGUUAAUCUUCUGUUGAUUCAAAUCUCUAUUUUUAUUUUGUUGGUGCUGAAUUCUAUGUCUUAAUGGUUUAAUUAACUAAUUUGAAUUUCUGCUAAUUCUGUGUUAGUGGUCCCUGCUUAUGUGGUUAUUUGGUGUUGCAGCUGCUGUACCUCUCCUCAAGUUCUAACUUCAAGCCUCUAGACAGGUAGGUAAAAAGGCUUCGAUUCAGCGAAGCUUGCACUGGUGUUUGUGGUUUCCUCUAAUUUUUUGAUGUGAGAGGGUUCCCGAUUCGUUCUUCGGUCAACGUCGAGGAUUCCAUUCACAAACACCUACAUUUAUAGGAGGAUUCAAACUCGUACUUAUAUAAUCUUCUGAGCUUUUGGGUGAUGAGAACAGAAGAAGAGAACUUCGACAUUGUGGAGGAGAUGAGCAGACGGCAUCCGAAGUUCGAGAGGCGGCUUCCGAAGCGGAUCAUCCUCAUGAGGCACGGCGAGAGCCAGGGGAACUUGGACAUGUCGGCCUACACCACCACGCCGGACUACCGGAUCCCCCUCACGCCGCUCGGGGCCGAGCAGGCCCGCGCGGCGGGGCGGGGCAUCCGCGAGGCCGUGUCGGAGGGCGGCCGCGCCCCCGGCUGGAAGGUGUACUUCUACGUGUCGCCGUACGAGCGGACGCGGUCGACGCUGCGGGAGAUUGGGCGGGCGUUCCCCAAGGAGCGGAUCCUCGGGGUGCGGGAGGAGUGCCGGAUCCGGGAGCAGGAUUUCGGCAACUUCCAGGUGGAGGAGCGGAUGAAGGUGAUCAAGGAGACGCGGCAGCGGUUCGGCCGGUUCUUCUUCCGGUUCCCCGAGGGCGAGUCCGCCGCCGACGUGUUCGACCGCGUCGCAAGUUUUAUGGAGUCGCUGUGGCGGGAUAUCGAUAUGAAGAGGAUUGAUCAGGACGAGAACUCGGAGACGAACCUCGUGAUCGUGUCGCACGGGCUGACGACGCGGGUGUUCCUGAUGAAGUGGUUCAAGUGGACGGUGGACCAGUUCGAGCGGCUGAACAACCUGGAGAACUGCGAGUUCCGGGUGAUGCAGCUGGGCCCCGGCGGCGAGUACAGCCUCCUGAUCCACCACACGCAGGAGGAGCUCGAGAGGUGGGGGAUGUCGCCCGAGAUGAUCGCCGACCAGCAGUGGCGCGCCACCGCCAACCGCGGCACCUGGAACGAAGACUGCUCGUGGUACCUCACCUCGUUCUUCGACGGCCUCGAGGAUUCGGAGGAUCCGGACGGCGAACGAAACGGCGAAAACGAGUUGUGAAACACGCCAGGGACGUCGAUCCGCAGUUUUUUAGGUUUCCAGAAGAGAAUUUUGAUGUCUUAGAUUCAUUUUGUACAAUAUAAUUCAUAAUAAUAAUGGGAUAAAAAGAGCAAAAAUAAGUUUGACUUUGACCA